UAUCUGGAAAAAGCAAAAUGCGUGCUUCAAUCAUCAUCGUUCUGGUUGCUCUGGCUGCUACCGCCGCUGUUGACGCUCAAAGAUUUGGACGUCGUCAGGGUCGUCAAGGUGGACAGCAAGGAGGUCCCCAGGGCGGUCCCCAGGGCGGUCCCCAAGGCGGUCCCCAAGGCGGUCCUCAAGGAGGUCCCCAGGGCGGUCCUCAAGGAGGUCCCCAGGGCGGUCCUCAAGGAGGUCCCCAGGGAGGUCCCCAGGGAGGUCCCCAGGGCGGUCCCCAAGGAGGUCCUCAGGGAGGUCCCCAGGGAGGUCCUCAGGGAGGUCCUCAAGGAGGUCCUCAGGGAGGUCCUCAAGGAGGUCCUCAAGGAAGUCCCCAGGGAGGUCCUCAGGGAGGUCCCCAAGGAGGUCCCCAGGGAGAUCCCCAGGGAGGUUCUCAGGGAGGUCCCCAAGGAGGUCCUCAGGGCGGUCCCUGCGGUCCUAACAACAGUUCUAGCACCAGCACCACCACCAGCACUACGGAAUCCAGCUCUGACAGCACAACUGAGGCCUCAACCUCAACAGUCGCUGCCGAUGAGACCACCACAGUCGCUGCAUAAAUUCCCAAACUUUCUUUAUUCUAUCAACCUACAGAAUAAUAAUAUUUUUCCAAAAGUUUGGCAAUUUAUCUUACCAUUUGGAUAUUAAUAAAUAUUAAUU